AUGAUAAAUAUAGGAAUAGUUUUGGCAUUGUUCUCUGUAACUAUUCUAUAUUGUUUGACCCCAAAACGGACAAAAUCUCGGGAAGAAUUAGUAGUAAGUAAAGAGAAACGUAGCGAAGGUGUGGCUGCUAAUGAACCCACCACCGCUGAAGAUCCCACCUCCGCUGAGGUUCCCACCCCUGCUGAAGUUCCCACCCCCGCUGAAGUUCCCACCCCCGCUGAAGUUCCCACCCCCGCUGAAGUUCCCACCCCCGCUGAAGUUCCCACCCCCGCUGAAGUUCCCACCCCCGCUGAAGUUCCCACCCCCGCUGAAGUUCCCACCCCCGCUGAAGUUCCCACCCCCGCUGAAGUUCCCACCCCCGCUGAGGUAUUCACCUUCGCUGAGGUAUUCACCUCCGCUGAGGUUCCCACCUCCUAUGAGAUCUUCUCCCCUACUAUUGUCGCCAACCCUGUGUUGUCGGAAGAUUUCGCGUGGAAGGAAAUAUUUGUCCCGGCAUCUUGUCGGGAUAUCAUGAUAAACGAUUACCUUGAAACCAUUACCAAGAUUGCCCGAUAG